CGUUUCUCGGGUUUAUGGUGUCGUCGUGAGCAGAGGCCGCCCGUCAGACAAUCCGGUAACAGCCUGUGGAUUUCAGUAGACUCUCUGUCUAGUCUCCGGUCAUUUUCAACGACCAUUGUGUUUUAACCGUCGCUGUAAAGCAGCUGCUCUUCCUCUCAGCUGCCGUGUUGGAUUUAAAAAUGGCGGCUGUUUCAGCGGAUCACGGUCUCUGCAGCCUUUUGCCUUAACUCACCCAGUUAAAUCUGAGCACCAUGUAAACAAACCAGGCAGCAAUCCAAGCCAAGCACCAAUCCUGCACCAGCUCCAGAACCAGUGGGUUACUGGUGAGUAACCAGCAGCAGACAGGGUGGCGGCGCUGUCACUUUCCAGCUGGAGCGGCAGGCUGAUGGAGAGCAACUGCCGGAUCCCAGUCGCUUGCUGUCGGCCUCGGGUCCUCGUGCUCCACGCUCUGUUCUGGGGUCUCGUCUCGCUCAGAGUGUUCGGAGCGGCACUGCUGAGCGAGGAGAAGACGACAGCAGUGAAGCCUGUUGUCGCCCCCUGCUGGCUGCUGGAGAACUUUGUGGUGCUGGAGGAAUGCAACCGCUGCAGCGACUUCAACUCUAAGACACAGACGGUUUGCAAACAGACGGGAUACGUGGAGCGGGUGAACUGCACCAAGACCAGCAGACAGGAGUACAAGAGCUGUCGCUCCGCCCUGAUGGAGGAGCAUCUCUUCUGGAAGUUUGAGGCGGCCAUGUUGGCUCUGACGGUCGUCUUCGCCGUCCUGGUGGUCAUCCGCCAGCGCUGGCUGGAUCGCCUCGCCUCUGAGAAGGUCCGCCGACAGAUCGAGUCCAUCUAGGAGAAGAGGGUCGUGUUGGGUUUUUAAAUCCUUUAGCAGUAUUUUUAAAAUGGAUCCAGGUUUGGACCGGACUUGUUGGACGUCCUCCAUGGAGCUGGCUGAGCUCAACUCCCUGUCUGUGAAGUUUUUCCUCUUCACCAGCUACUGUUUCUCUGCUAAAACAGCCGAACAACACUAAAACCGGGACAAUUAGUCCUGACUCAUGAUGCAAACUGUAGAUUAUAUUUUAAUGAACAGAGUUUAUAGAGAAAUCAGGGAAGGGGUAGUUUGAUCUGGAUGAAAAUAGAAGUGAAACUGACAAACUUUGGAAAGAAAAGCUGAAACGUCUUUUCCUGCAUUGCGCUGAUGUCACAGUCAGGAACUUCCUUAUAUGGACUCUGGAAGUGACAAUUGGCAGCGGCUGUUUCUGGAGUGUGGAACAAAGAUCUUUCUUUCUUCUUUCAAGAUUAAGCAUUUUCCUGCAGAAAUACAAAAUAAAAGUCUGAAAAAGAUUCAAAUCUGAUAUUUAAAGAUGCAGUUCUGUUUCAGCGUGCUAUUAAAAACUGUUUUUACAUCCGUG